CUGCCCAUUUUGGAAUUGGUGAACCAGCGCUUUCACUCAUGUUUCACUGCUCAGUGUGACAGUGUGAACCAUCUCUUCUGCAGCUGUCAGUCAAAUCUUUAGCGAUGGAGCAUCAGACCCCAUUAAACUUACUCCGCUCAAUUCAUUUUUUUUGUGGUCCUCUUUAAAAAAAAAAAGAGGUUGUCUGUUGGAGGAAUUCCGGGCUGUCAGCUAUUUUUGUUCCUGUCUUGCUUUCACUAUUUUGUGAAAGGAGACGCUAAAAGGAAGGAAGGGGAGAGUGAGAGAGAACGACAGAGAGGAGGGGAGACUUAUAGACUUAUCGAGUGUGAGCGUCUCAGCGAGUGUCAGUUGUUCUCAGAGGCAGCUGUGAAGAGUACAAGCGACUCUCACCAACCACUCUCCUUCUCUUUGGUCCCAGAAGAAGUGAAGAGUCGACAUGGUUCGGUGGUUCCACAGAGACAUCACAGGCCUUCAGGCCGAGGACAUACUGAAGUUUCGAGGUAUGCACGGCAGCUUCUUGGCUCGACCCAGCAAGAAAAACGUAGGAGAUUUCUCCCUGUCUGUCAGGGUGGGUGAGCAAGUGACCCACAUUCGGAUCCAAAACACAGGAGACUACUACGACCUGUAUGGAGGGGAGAAGUUCGCCACACUGUCAGAGCUGGUGGAGUACUACACGGCGGAGAACGGGAUCCUCCAGGACAAGGACGGCACCAUCAUCGAGCUCAAAUACCCCCUAAACUGCUCCGAUCCCACCACAGAAAGGUGGUACCACGGUCACCUGUCGGGGCCAAAUGCAGAGAAACUGCUCGCUGCACGAGACGACGCAGGGAUGUUCCUGGUCAGAGAGUCUCUGUCCAAACCAGGAGACUUUGUCCUGUCGGUUCUUACGGACGAGAAGAACAAAACAGGAGGAAAGAGAGUCUCUCACAUCAAGAUAAUGUGUCAGAAUGACAGGUAUACAGUGGGAGGUUCAGAGGCGUUCGACACACUGACAGACUUGGUGGAGUUCUACAAACGCAAAGGCAUCGAGGAGAUGUCUGGGAACUGGGUGCAUCUCAAACAGCCUUAUUACUCAACCAGAGUGAAUGCAGCAGAUAUCGACAGCAGAGUGAAGCAGCUGGACCAGACCACGCAGCUCCUGCAGGAGGGCGAGGGAGAACAGGCCAAGAGCAAGGCGGGAUUCUGGGAAGAGUUUGACGCUCUCCAAAAGUUGGAGGCGAAGGUGAAGAAGAGCCGAGAGGAGGGUCAGAGGCCUGAAAACAAGAGCAAAAACAGAUACAAGAACAUUCUUCCCUUCAACGACACCAGGGUCAUCCUGCAGGACACUGAUCCUGAAGUUGUGGGGUCAGAUUACAUUAAUGCCAACUAUGUGAGAAACACCCUGUGGGAGUGUGGAGAUCAAAAAGUUUACAUUGCUACUCAGGGCUGCCUAGCAACAACAGUCAAUGAUUUCUGGCAAAUGGUAUGGCAGGAGAACACGAGGGUGAUUGUCAUGACAACAAGAGAGGUCGAGAAAGGGCGGAAUAAAUGUGUGCCCUAUUGGCCGGACAUUAAGAGCUCCAAGGAGAUGGGGCCGUACGUGGUGAGCUGUGAGUCUGAAAGGGAAGCUGCUGAUUAUAAAAUCAGAGUCCUGGAGAUUUAUCCCAUGGACAGGCCCAAACUUUCUCGAACCAUCUGGCACUACCAGUACCUGAGCUGGCCUGACCACGGCGUCCCCCAGGAGCCCGGCGGCGUCCUCAGCUUCCUCUGUCAAGUGAAUUCCAAACAGGCUGAAUAUCCUGACGCGGGGCCCAUGAUUGUCCACUGCAGUGCUGGAAUUGGUCGGACGGGCACCAUCGUGGUGAUUGACAUGAUCCUUGACACCAUUGAUACUCUAGGUCUGGAUUGUGAUCUUGACAUCCCCAAAUUCAUCCAGAUGGUGAGAGAGCAGCGUUCAGGGAUGGUCCAGACUGAGGCCCAGUACAAGUUCAUUUACCUGGCUGUGUCCGAGUACAUACAGACCACCAAGGCUAAAGAGAGCGCCUCCAUGGAAGCUGAGACGGAGUAUGGAAAUCUGCAACUCAAGCACCAACCAGCGAGCAGGAAGGUCUCAAAAAAUAAGGACGACGUUUAUGAGAAUCUAUCAAAAGCAAAGAAAGACACAAAGAAGCAGAAGUCAGACAAGAAAAGUGGCUCAGUGAGGAAAAGAUAGAAGUUUAUCAAAGUUUAUCAUUUAUUAUAUUUAUACAGGCACUCCUUUGUGAAAGAGUUGGUUUUGUACAAGAGAUCUUAAAUGAAAUAAGAAUAAUGUUGAAAAACAGAGUUGACAAUAACUCAUUGAUGUUUUACAUGUUACAUGAAUACUCGGUGGAUGUUUCUUAAAAAUAAAGGUAGAGUAUGACUGCACACUUUGUCACAUUUGUCUUUUUUCAGUUAUUUGAAUAAAUAUAUACAAUGUUUUAUAAAA